UUUAUUUAUCGGCGAGCGAAAUUGGACGAUAAAAAACCGACUGUGUUCAAAACCGGCACCACUUCGAAGUGGGAACGUAAAAUGGCACCCGCGUUUGUCGUACGUGCUUGCGUUUUGAGCUUUUGGGCGGGUUUGAUUUCGGGGUCGCCGGAUUUCGACCAAUUCGUCAAAAUGGUGGAGAAAAAUAUCGCGGAUGCGAAGAGUUAUAAAUUUCCCGUCGAUAACAGCAAGCUCACCAAACUAGCCGAUUCUGGAGGGUCAAGAGUGCGCGAAUUUGGCGAGUUCGACUUUAUAGUGGUCGGAGCCGGUUCUGCAGGGGCGGUAUUGGCAAACCGGCUGUCCGAGGUCGAACAUUGGAAGAUUUUGCUUUUGGAAGCUGGCGGCAACGAUAACGAGUUUUGCGAUAUCUUCGGCAUGGCCGGAUAUUUGUGGUACUCCGACAUGAACUGGGGGUACAACACCACAAAACAAAAGAACAUAUGUCAAGCUAUGCCAAAUCAGCAAUGCUUUUACGUCAGAGGAAAAGUCAGGGGCGGCUCGAGCACAGUUAAUUUAGGCGUCUACGCCAGGGGAAAUCGCGAAGACUUUGACAGGUGGGAAAAGAUGGGAAACCCGGGCUGGUCGUACCGGGACGUACUGCCGUACUUCAAAAAGUCGGAAGCGGCCGUUUUCGCGGGCAGGGAAGGGAAAUUCCACGGAGAAGGCGGUUACAUGCACGUCGACGUUCUUAAUCCUACACCCGACUUCCAACCCGCAAUGUUCAAAGCGUUCAAAGAGUUGGGCCAAGACAAAGUUGACUACAACGGAAAGAACCAACUGGGUAUCGGUCAAGUGCAAUAUUCGCUGAACUAUAACAAACGAGACAGCACUGCGAGGGCGUUCCUAGACUUUUUCCAGAAGAGGCCCAACUUGUAUGUAAGCUUAAACAGUUUCGUCUCCAACAUAUUGAUCGAUACCUGCACGAACGCGGCCUACGGGGUAGAAUUUUUCAAAAACGGGGAGAAGUAUGUGGCCCGAUCGACUAAGGAGGUUGUUCUGUCAGCCGGGUCCAUCAAUACGCCGCAACUCUUGAUGAUUUCCGGUAUUGGACCUCGAGAUCAUCUACGAGAGCUGGGAAUUGAAGUUAUUCGAGACCUACCGGUAGGGCGCAACCUUCAAGACCAUCUCUAUUAUGCUGGAAUGUUUUAUAGGUCGAACCAAACGUUUUACAAUGAAACUCCCUUGGAAGCUUUGAAGGAUUACACGUAUAACAAGAAGCCGCUCACGAGCGCGAUGGAGCUAGUGGUGUUUGCAAGAACUGACGGAUCAAAGAAGGGUAGACCUGAUAUAGAAAUACCUCUGGCGGUGCCAAUUGAUACAGACAGCGUACGGCAAUUGAACGGACUUUCAGAGGAAUACGCUUCAAAACUAGGAGUGGAUAAGCUUCAUGACAUCUGGAUGCCCAUAAUCCUCCUUCACCCGAAGUCUGUAGGUUCGGUGAAGCUAAAAUCCCGCAGCAUUACAGAUUUUCCAGCAAUAGAUCCAAAUUACUUGUCCCAGGAAGAGGAUUUAGAGACUCUUUACAGGGCCGUGCAGUUUAUCAUCAGAUUGAACCGGACGAAAGCUUUGAGGGGUUACACCGCAACGUUCAGACACCCUCCCGUGAUGGGUUGUGACGACACCCACCCGAGGUUCUCCAAAGAUUGGUGGUACUGCAGCUUCAAACAGCUGAGUUUUAGUAUUCUUCAUCCAGUUGGGACGACUAAAAUGGGUAGCGAUGCUUUCAAUUCUGUGGUGAGUUCGACGCUGCAAGUCCACGGGAUGAAGAACUUGAGGGUCGUCGAUGCCGGAGUAAUACCGGAGUUAACUUCGGGACAUACAAACGCGCCCGCCAUCAUGAUUGCCGAAAAAGCCGCCGACAUUAUUAAAAAAACCUAUAAGGUCUUGGAAUUCGUAUAAACGUACUCCGCAAAAAUAUGGUUUCUUUAUUGUAGUGUAAUAAUUUGCUAUUUUAACAGUCAAUAAAUAUCUGCUAAAU